UAUAAUGUUGACACCUACAAACGCAGUAGGAAAGUUGGACAAGAGCAAGACGGAAGUCUACGUACGCUGAGAGAACAUUUUUCUUCGUUAUUAUAUUCCAUUUUUUUUGGAUUUUAUUGUAGUAUUAUCAAACCAAAGACGAGCUGAAAAACAUGUACAUAUAUAAAUUAUUUCUGGUUUCCAUUGUAGUCAGCAUUUUGUCAGUAACAACAGCACAAAGUUCAGUUUGUCAACAAGCCAAGACAUGUUCAGAAUGUAUUCAGGUUGAUCCUGAGUGUGCCUGGUGUUCAAAUACUAAUGAACCAGUUAGUAAUGCAGUGGGAGCUAAACCAGCAGUACAACUGCAACCUCAGGAGGUGGUCCUAAAUCUUAAGCCAGGUGAACCAGCUUAUAUCGAUCUUACAGUGCGGCAGGCAGAGGAUUAUCCGGUGGAUUUAUACUAUGUAAUGGAUUUAUCAAACUCAAUGAAAGAUGAUUUAGAUAAGCUCAAAAACCUAGGAUCACAAUUAGCUGGUGCUUUGAGGAAUAUUACAAGUAGCCACCAACUUGGAUUUGGUUCAUUUGUGGAUAAAACAGUAAUGCCAUUCGUUAGUACUGUACCUUCAAAAUUAGUGCACCCAUGUGACGGAUGUGGUGCCCCGUAUGGGUUUAAAAACGUUCUACCACUCAACUCAGACUCAGAACUCUUCACGAGGACUGUGCGAAUGCAGGAGUCAUCUGGGAACUUAGAUGCUCCAGAGGGCGGUAUGGAUGCCUUGAUGCAGAUCACAGUGUGCAAGAGUGAAAUUAAGUGGAGGGAUAAUGCCAGGCGACUGGUCAUCUACACUAGCGAUGCUGCUUUUCACUAUUCAGGUGAUGGCAAGCUGGGUGGUAUUGUGACUCCGAACGAUGGAAAAUGUCAUACCGCCAAUGGACUUUACACAAUGAGUACAGAAUUGGAUUAUCCAUCUAUCAGCCAACUGAAUAACAAAAUGAAGGAAAAUAACAUCAUUCCUAUCUUUGCUGUUACAAGUUCACAGAUGGAGGUGUACAAUGAGUUAACAAAACAUAUUCAGGGGGCUACUGCCGGUGAACUUGCCUUGGAUUCCUCCAAUGUCGUUGAACUUGUGGAGCAGAACUAUAAAAAAAUUACUUCAAAAGUGGAACUAUCAGAUAACGCUCCUGAGAAUGUCAGGGUUGACUAUGUUGCCUACUGCCUUGGUAAUCAGUCGCAGGUUAACACAAAAUCCUGUGGUGGUUUGAGUUUGGGUCAAUCUGUCAAAUUCAAGUUAGCAGUGACAUUGAGCAACUGUGAUGACAAUUCAGAAAAGAGGGUGGUUAUAAAACAAGUCGGUUUCAGUGAGGAGCUUACUAUCCGCAUUCAGCCAGUAUGCAGUUGUGGUUGCGAAACUUCUAAGGAGAUUAUGAGUGAAGUUUGUAGUGACGGUAAUGGUACACUCGUCUGUGGCGGAUGCCAGUGCAAUCCAGGACGCUAUGGACGGUUAUGCGAGUGUAGCAGCAAUGACGCUACAAGUAGGCUGGAGGAUAAUGAUAAAGCAUGCGCCAUUGACAAUUCAACGUCAGCCACCAUUUGCUCGGGCCGAGGAUCUUGUGUCUGUGGUGAAUGUUCGUGCUUCCCUCGGCUCAAGCCUGGAGAAGUGGUUUCUGGGAAAUAUUGCGAAUGUGACAACUUUUCGUGUGAUCGUCAUAACAACAUGCCUUGUGGAGGCCCAGAGAAAGGAGAGUGUAUCUGUGACGAGGAAUUGAGAAGAAGUCGCUGUAAAUGCAAACCUGGGUAUGACGGGGAUGCAUGCAAUUGUGCAACUAGCAAAGAGGAAUGCAUUUCAGCUAAUGGUUUGAUUUGCAAUAAUGCUGGAACAUGUGAGUGUGGUGUCUGCAAGUGCAAUGCAUCUUAUACUGGUAAUAACUGUGGAGAAUGCCCGACAUGUCCUGGCCCAUGCAUUACUAAUAAAGAUUGUGUGCAAUGUAAAGCGUUUGGAGAAGGUGCUAAGAGUGCCAAGGAGUGUGACCUUUGUCCCUAUGAAGUUGAAAUACUUACAAACCUAACAAUCGAGAACAAAGGAGAGCGGUGUGUUUUUAAAGACCAGUCAGAUUGCUCGUUUGUCUUUACUUAUAAGAAAAAUGCAGAUGGAACCUACAAGUUGAAAGUCCAGGAGGAUAAAGUGUGCAGCGAGCCUGUUGAUCCGCUGCUGAUCAUUCUCGGCAUCGUAAUCGGCAUCAUCAUAGUUGGGUUGAUACUUCUUCUUGUCUGGCGUCUUCUCACCUACAUCCACGACAAAAGAGAAUUUGCCAAACAUGAACAAGAAAGGAAGAACGCUAAAUGGGGUGCUGCCCAAAAUCCAAUUUACAAGCCGUCAACGUCAACAUACAAGAAUCCAAUGUAUAGAAAGUAGUUCCAAGAUUACACCUCAAAUUCAGUUGACAAAUUAUUAUGUGCUAGUUAAUAAUCGUUAACAAUAAAUUAAAUAUCAAACUGAAACUACACAUGUUUUUUCAUUAUUAAUUUGUUGCUUUUUUUUUUUCAAUGCCAGUAAAAGAAAAUUUUAUUGAAAGUUUCUUUAAAGAAAGACAUUUAAUUGUUGAUUUUUUUAUUUAUUUAUUUUUUUUUGUAAGUAUCGAUAAUUUAAUAUUGUUUCAUGUUGUAUUAUAACAUAAUCAUUAUAUGUAUUUUGGUAGGGUUUUAAAUUGUGUCCAUGGAUGUAAGUUGUUUGUAUCUUUUUAGAUUUAAGUGAAAAAAAAUCUGAAUAUUAUCAAUCAAUCAUGUAUUUUGAUUUUUUUAAAUUUCUCAUAAGAAAAUUGUUAAAAAAAACCCUUUAUAAAUAUUAAUUAAGAAGGAUAACAAAAAUAUUCUGUAACAUUUUGGUUAUCAGUAUUCGAAUGAGAUACAAUGUUUUAUUUCUGUAGUGUUUUGUUGAUGUAGUCCAGCAUGAUAAGGGCCUUUUUCCACUGAAAAUUUAAGAACUGUGUUUUUUCAUAAAUUGUUGGUAAUCAAUUUUCCAAAGGAACGUGUUACAUCUGAAUUUUGAUUCCACAUAAGAACGAUUGCUGGUCAGUGUUCAUGUACAGUUUCAAUUCAACCACAACUCCUCGUUUACCUUCCUCACAGUUUUCUUGUGUACAUGACAAACAGCCCCCCCCCCCAAUUUCUCCUCACCCACAGAGUUAUUGAAGUUAGCUUGGUGAAGUGUAUGGUGGGUUGUCUAAACUAAUUUAAUUUUCUGUGCCAAUAGUUUGACGAAAAGGUCAACCUCAUGAAGAAAGACUUUUUGGCACUGGAGGCACGAUAUUGAUUCAGUGCCAGAGAAAUGUUCUUCAGAAUGCCAAAAAUAACAUUUUUUUAAUUGGACUGUUCUACUAACAAUACGAAAAAUGGUUCUUCCUCACCAGUAGAAAGAGUCCCUGAAACAUACGCUCAGACAAAGUCAACUGAUGCAACAUGAGUUUUCCUUUUGAGCCUUAGGAUAAACUACAUGCAUACACUACAACGUGUACCCUAAUGUUUCUCAAUUUAUUUUGUAUAUAUCUUUUAUUGCUAUGGUUUUCCUGUUUCAUCUACUAGCAUCUUAUAUUUUAUAUAGAUAAAAUUGUAUAUAACUUUUAUGAAAAAAAAAAUUGAUAGAUCUGUGCAGUGUUCUGUUGUUUUUUUGUGUGGUUAUGUUGUUUUUACCAUUACGUACACUAGGAUUGUUACUGUACAUAUAGAAACUUUCCAAGUGGAAGGCUCAAUCCAAGAUUGCCUUGUGGGGGUGCAAGAGUGUGCAAAUAUGGACCAACUAGGGUAUAGGGUUCCCUACAAUGCCCGGUAGGCAAGGGCUUAGCCAGCAAGCCAUCCAGCCGUCUUUUGGACGGCCAACAAUUAUUUAUGACGGCCACUUUUAGCACGACGGCUUGGAUGGCUUGGCCUAGCCUAGUUGGGCCUGGUUUACCGUUAGUAAAUACCACUCACCCACCCCCGCUUGGUUCUUUGUCUUCCAUUUUGGAUGGCCUAUUUCUUUUUUCUGGCUAAGCCCAUGCCGGUAGGGUCAAGGGCCAGUGCACAAAUACUGGCCUAAUGAUAGAUUACGGGUUAGAAUGAAAAAUGUGGAUUCUUUAAUCUUUUUUAACAGAAAAUAACAAAUUUUAUAUUCCGUAAAUUCUCAACAUUUAUACAAUUUUUUACAUUUAUUAAAUAGAUUCUACUACAGGUAAAUAAUUUAUAAUUUGCUUUCAAAUUUAUUUUUAUACAAAUAUUACAUAUCAUUUGAGUGUUUUUUUUAUACACAAGUUUCAACAAGCUCAUGGGCUUCUGGUGUUCACUUGUAAAGUGUUCAUGUAUAGUGCUUAAUGCUCAUCUAUAUGGUGUUUACCUGUGUGGUAUUCACCUGUAUAGUGUUCACCCAUAUAGUGUUUACCCACACAGUGUUUACAUAGUGUUCAACUGUAUGAUGAUUCACCUGUAUGGUAUUCGCAUGUGUAGUGUUCAUCUGCAAUGCCCAUAUUAUUCUGUUCACCUGCAAACCUUAAUGUAUACCGUAUUCCUUGUUGAGUUUAUUUUUAAAUUCUUUGUCUGAUACUUUUUCUAAUGCAUUUCAAUUAAUAAGUUCAAAAAGAGUGAACUUAAAUUUUAAUGUAGUUAAUGAAAGUGAAAUUGGGUAUUUUUCUACUGCAGUAUUAAUUUUUACAUAUGAGAAUCUUAUAUAUGGCUAAUCAUUUUCAUUUAUUUUGUAUGACAGUGUCAAAAAUAGUAUUGAUAGAUUUAUGUUCUCUUUUUUUAAACAUUUGUGUGUAUUGCAUAUAAGGUAACACAAAGUACUGCUACAACACAGGUAUUUUUAUUUUUUAGGCUUGCUAAUAUUUUUAUACCAUAAUGUAAGUGCUGGUCAUUUUGUGUUCUGUAUUUAUAAUGUUAGAAGUAGACGUAUAGAAGAUUAAGUGUUGCAUAUUAUAAUGUUUAAUGCAAUAUGAAUACCUACUCUAUAGGCAUCUGGACCUUUUUACUGUAUUUUAAUCCCAAUUAAACUGUCUUGAAUUUUAUGCAAUUGUGUUGCUCGAGAGUGAUACGUUAUUAAAUUAUUAUUAUUAUUAUUGUUAUUGUUAUAACCAUCAUCGUUGUUAUCAUCAUCAUCUAUCAAGUUAUAUUAAUUAUUGUUUUAGAAGCCUGCCGUUUUUUACCUUGCGACUUUUUAACGUAAUGCAUUCGGUAUUAUAUUUGCUCGAUAGAUUUUUUGCAGGAAAAUACUAAUAUAAAAUUGAACAAGGUACAUAAAAUAAAUGUAUAAAAUAACCUAA